GAGAGGAUAAUGGCUGCCAAUAUUUUUAAAUGAGAAAUUAAUACUAGCAAUUAUAUUUAUCGCAGUCAUUUCAUCCAAAAAGAUCGAUUUUCAAAUUAAACAUGGCCUCCAAUAUUUUUGAUGCCAAAAAUUAAAUAUAAAAAACAAGUUUGUCUUUGUAAUAUGCAGAGGAAAUUAACCGCCAGCAUAUUGCAUGGAAUAGGUCUCUACUCUACUUAUUAUACUCAGGAAUUGGGAUAUAAAAUAGAUAAUCUAAAACUAUUUACACGUUAUGAGGAUUUUAAACAAGAGGAUAUUGAUAAACAAUAUGCCCAAAAAUUUUGUACCUCACGUAAAUUUGGAUCAUAUGGUGAUUUUUAUUUUGGAUGUCAACGGUACAUAACUUGUAAAAGUAAUUCUGAUCCUACUGUUAUUGAAUGCCCUCGAAAUACUUUGUUUGACAAUAAAUUUCAAAAAUGUGUUCAAGAACAAAAUGGUAACUGCUAUAAAGUUUGUGAUAAGUUUGAUGACUUUAUUGAAGGUAAAACUAAUACAAGAUGCCAAACAUUUACCAAAUGCUUUGGAGGUAAACAAUAUGAUGGCUCAUGCCCUAAAGAUACAGCAUUCUCUAAUAAUAUAAGAGGCUGUGUGGAUAAAGAAAUAAUAGACACUGUAACAUGCUCAGAUAAAUUAAUAACAGUACCAGCACCUCAAACUCAUUUUGCACCCAAUUCAGGUGAUGACACAAUUGAUAACACAUUUGAUGACAUUGGAGAUCAAAGUGACUCAUCCGAAGCUAAUUUUGAAAAUUUGAUUGAUGAUCCAGAUUUUCAAGAUUUAUCAAAUGAUUAAUAUUAUAUAACUAAUGUGUUUUAAAAUGUUAUCGAAUGUUGCAAUUUUUUAAAAUAUUACCAAAUGACAAUAUUUUUAUAUUAUUGCUUAUUUGCUAUGUAAUUUAAUAAAAAGUCACUUACA